UCCUCCUCCUUCCCCUCCUCCUCCUUCCCCUCCUCCUCCUUCCCCUCCUCCUCCUUCCCCUCCUCCUCCUCCACGACUCGUCUUAGCGCCACGGCCGCUGUCCCCUCCCCCUCCUCCUCCUCCUCUCUGACGGGUUUGAGACAGAGCGCGCCCGCACAGAGCACGACGUUAGGCGCGCGUGCACCACGGAGUACCUCCUCUCACUUCCUCAGUCCCGACGCGCCCCACGUAGCCUUCAAAGCGGGUACCGUGGAGAGAGCCCCGAGUCUCAACCGUUUGCCCGCUCAGAGCUCCACGGAAACUAGCGGACUAGGGGAAACUAUCACUUCCGGCUUCUCCAGUCAGGAGAGCGUCCAUAGCAACGCUGGUGAGGAGAAGGAAAGAGGAGGAGGAGAAGGAGGAGGAGGUGGAGGAGUGUGGGCGAGAGGCCCAGGAGGGAGAGAGGAGUACAUAUCUCCUGUUGGAGGAGGAGAAGGAGGAGGAGGUGGGGUGAAGUCCAGAGAUUGGGACAGAGGGGUAGGUAGACGAGACACCUCCCCCCUCUACCCUCACCCUUCCGCCAGAGCGACAGUCAAAGCAGACGCCACCUCUCCGUCUUCCUACCCACAACCCCCCGCGACGGGGAGGUCUGGGUUCCGAAAGGACUCCAUUUCCCCGUCCUCUUCGGCCUUCUGGCAACCUUCCCGGAGCACCCACCGGCCGCCCACCCAGGGCCACCCGCCCGCCGCCCCGGUUCUCCUGGUACAGCCGGGGCCCAGAGUCCACGCCCCGCCGGAAGCCAGACUCCGACACGAGCCUGACGGGAAGGGAAUACCGCCGCCAUCUUCUUCCACUUCCGCUCACCCAGCGCCAGCGCAGUCUCGCGUGGCGUCAUCCUCCUUGUCUUCGAACCCCGGCCCCGGCGGUAAUAGGGCGGGCGUGACGUCAUACGUACCCCGGCCUGUGCAAGGACAAGUCGUCAGGAGCCCAGAGCGACACCAACUGCCGCCGCAACAACAACAACAACAACAACAACAACAACAACAACAACAACAACAGAACACCCCACCCCCGGCCUACAGAACUCACGACAGUGCCUUGAGUGGUGGUGGUAGAGACACUGGUAGGGCGGCACAACAACAACAACAACAACAACAACCACAAGAGCACCACCAACAACGACGACAGCAACAACCACAACAACAACAACAAGAGCACCACCAACAACAACGACAGCAACAACAAACGAGGCCACCCCCCUCCCAGAGUUCAUCAUUUCGACAAUCUCGCUCUAGUGUCCCCGCUCCGGACCGUUCGCUCCGAUCUUCCAACCAAUCAGAGCCCGCCGAGUCGUCACGUGACCACCGAGGAAUCCCCUACUCCUCCUCCCAAGGAGGUCAAGGUCACGGUCACGGUCACGGUCAAGGUCAGGGUCAGGGUCAGGGUCAGGGUCAAGGUCGAGCUUCCUCUUCGUCUCGGUCCCCGGCCCAGACGUCGGAGAGAGAAGCCCGUCCCUCCUCUCGCAGCGCCUCUAGAGAGACCCGCCUUUAUUCCUCCGCCAGCUCGGAGAGACAACCCCGCCCAUCUUCCUCCUCCUCACAACUUCCGGGAGAGCGGCCCACUCCCUCCUCGAGCCACACGCCCGCGGACAGACAGGCCCGACCCGUCACCUCUUCCCGGCCCGCCGACCGACAGUCACGUGAUACCGGCGCGACCUCUGAGCGACCGAGCCGACUCCCGACCUACAGGCAGGGGAGGUCACCCAGCGCAGGAUCCACCUCUGACCUCCAGCCAUCUUCCCGACCCGUCACCGGAGGUCAUUCAGAGAGGUCAGAGGGGUCAUCUGAGGUCACCCCCGAGCGGAGGUCACGGCUUCCUUCCUCCUCCUCGGGCGCCCACGCGAGGUAUGAGGCCAGGGAACAGAGGCACCCGCCCAACGCCCCGCCCACAACUCCGCGCUCGAAUCUGUCCAGCCGACAAAGCUCGUCCGAGUCUGCCCGGAAGCGCGGCGCGUCACUAGGGCGCCAGGACAGUUUCCGCACGGGGGAGCUGCAAACUGCUGCUGACGUCACACACAGGCGCGCACCACCAUCAGCCGCCUCGGACAAAGCCAGAAGUUCGGACAUCGGGGAUCACAGGACCAGAAGUUCGGACAUCGGUGACCACAGGACCAGAAGUUCGGACAUCGGGGAUCACAGGUCCUCGGGACGGAGAGACGAACAACUCUCGUCACUUCACGCUGACCGAGGCGGGGGAUCGCGAGACCGGAAGUUCGUCCUAGUCGGUGAGAACAGGCCCAGAGACCCCCGCGGCUCGCGUGAUGACGACAACGAAGUGUUUGAGAUCAAACAGACAACUUUCCCCGCCGACAACGACGUCCCCGUGACCCGCUCGCGGGCAGAGCGACGUCCCACCACCACAUCAGCCAACAGAAAUAAUUAUCUACCGCCAGCUUUUCGCGCGUCAGAAGACGAGGGCCAGAAAAGCGGCCGGUCACAGAACAACAGAAACAACAACAACAACAACAACAACAACAACAACAACAACUCCCAAGAACGAGUGCUCAACACCGGGGCGUAUCGCCCAGACGGAGAUCGUAAUCGGCCCGAGCCGAGACAGUAUCGUCGUGUGAUCAGCGACGACUCGGUCGGAUACCGUGGAGCAGCGCGUAGCUCUGAGCACAUUGUUGACAGCGACGAGCAGCCAAGCGCGGCCCGACCACCACACCACCACCGGCCGCACUCACAACUACUCGAGCCUGACGUGAGCCGCGCUAGAUCGGCAGCAGAUGUGCGCGAGAAAACGUACAGUAGUAGCACAAGUGUUGUUGGGGCGCCACCUGUCGUCACUGAUAGCGAGCACGGCCGGUCUAACUCCAACCACGCGUGGCCACCGUUACACAGAGGGGGAGGAGGAGGUGGAGGAGGUAGAGGGGGAGGAGGAGGAGGAGGGGUUCAUACGGAGUUAGGCCGCGGACUGAGUAACACUUUGCCUGACGUCCGCGCCAAGACCAGGCCGCUACUUCUCGACGACACGGACAAGGGUCGACAUUACGUGAGACAGCGAGACUACCCGCGGGACUACCCCAGGACCACUGAUGGUCAACGACCACGCUCAGACCCCCCGCGACAACCUGAUGCUCUCAGAUAUAGCUCGGAUAAACCACCCGCCAGCCACCCACGCCGAGUGCAGCAAGAGGAGGAGGAGGAGGAAGAGGAGGGGAAGAGAAGAGAGGUAUAUGAGGACCGCCGAGGUGGCAGCGCCAGGAGUCGAGGUAAGACACCCAUGGAUUACGAUGGUUUCUUCCACCAAGCGAACCGAGGAGUGAACGGAACAGGAGGAGGGGGAGGCGGGGGGGAGGCGGCGGUCAGAGGCUACCCGGCAGCCCUGGACGGUGGCUACGCCUCUCCGCCCAUGCGGAGGAGCGGGGGAGGGGGUCUGUACGGUCUGAACGGGGAGCUGCCCCACAACAAUACCGCCGACAAAAAAACUCUUCUCCAGCAAGCGACGGCCGCCGAGAUGGGCGUCCCUAGCAACACAGCCUACAACAGCAAAAGCCCGCCUUACACGAAGUUCCAGGUCCCGGACACGCCCCGCGGGCCCAUCCCCCGGGUCCAGCUGACCAGCUCACCGGAGGCACCUGGCCUGAACAUCGAGCAUAUAGACCGCGAGUGGGAGCGCCGGGGGAGCAAGGGUUCGAACCGCAGCCACAACUCCACCAACAAGAGCUCGGGCCGAGGCAGCAACCGCUUCUUGGGCGUCCACACCGAAUCGGCCUGGACCAAAUGGUCACGUGACCGCCGGGCCAGCUACCGGCGCCGCAUCGAGCGCAUGGAGCAGGCGGAGACGGACAACUUCCGCAGUAGCACCUACAACAACAUCAACAACAACAACGACAUCGCCCGGGUGUCCACCCCGGUGAAGAAGGCCCGACAAGAAGGCCUCAUCUUCGUGCACCCGGACCUGGAGGCGCGCUACCUGUCGGAGGAUGACCUCAAAGAACUCCGGAGACACAAGCAGCAGCAGGUCCGCGCCAUGCGCGUCAUCGAGAAGAACCGGAAGAACAAGUUCCGGAUGAAGAACGAGGUGGCGCUCACCUCGGAGCAGUGGCAUAUGUUGCAGGAAUUCUGGGAUCAUAAUAUUUUCGUACGUGCGCGCUACGUGGGCCUGGCCGUGAGUUUUGUGACGCUCAUCGUCAUGCUGGUCAGCAUCACUAGCCCGGCCUGGGUCAAACACA